AUGGUCUGUGCCACGCUCUCGGUCGCGGCAGGCUCGGAGUUGGGAAUCAAGACGGUCUCCUACAGCGCCCUCGUAUGCGGCAGCGCGGUGAUGUUGUUUGCGUCCGCCUUAGAUGGGCCCUGGUACAUCCACCACGUGAUCGGCCUGCACUUCAUCGCGUUUGCCUUCGACACCGAAACAUUCGCGCAAAUGGCUCUGCGAAAGUGGCGGUCGAAUGACGGCCAGGGCGCCAAUCCUUCGUGGAUGAACUGGCGGCCCCUCUUUUGCUGGAACUGGUGGAUUGCUUGCGACUGGUGGAUGUGCUGGCCCUCUUUCGUCGGCAAUUUCAUGGCACGCAUCUUGCGCGGAUGCACCAUCAAACAGGUGGUCGUGUGCGCCCUGCCGUUCCAGUAUGCUUUGCUGUGGUUCUGCAUCUUCGGUGCAGGCAGCAUCGGCAUGAACCGCCACGCCAUCUGGUUAUAUGCCAUUGGUUCCGUGGUGGGCGCAAGGAACACAGGGUGUGAACUUUGGAACAUUCCCCAGCUGCCAAACGUGGAGAGUGAUGCUUGUGACACGGAUUCUGAUUGCAUGUUGCAGCAGGAUGAUGGGGAUAGCUUUGUUACAAUCAAAGGUUGA